AUGCAGCGUUUUGUGGCGGCUCUUCUGCUGGUGGUGACGGUGCGAGCUCUUCCCCAGGACAUCGAGCGGGACUCAGGCGGCUAUGACAUGACUGGAACCGGCUACAGCGGCUCCAGCUACGAUUCUGACCCGGAGCUAGAGCAGUACUUUACGGCGGACGUAACCAACAGCAUUGAGAUGCUGAGGUCUGGGUCCGUGCUGCUGCCGCUGCUGUCGAGCACGGCUGACCUGCUCUGGGCCGGUGAGGAAUCCUCCUGCCAGCAGUACCGGCUCUGCCAGCUCGGCCAGCUUGCACGUCGCUCCGGUCCACCUUACAGCGUGGCCGUACCCCUAGCCAGUCUGCCGCUAUCCUGGAUCAAGAGCAAGUUCCAGGGCUCCAGGAUCACCGACCUGUGCUGGACGAUGGCCUCCAUGGGCCGGACUACUGACUGCUCGACCAUGUACAAGAGCUGCUGAGCUGACACGAACGCGGCCGCUCACAUGCCUACGACUCCAUGUGCGCGCAAUGAUAAGGGCUGUCAUUAAAGCGGCGCAAAACAUCACACAGCGACUUGCAGGGAGCCUGGUUACGUUCUCAGCUACGGAAAGUUUGUACGCUUGGACGAGACACCAGGCGAGGGAUGAUGG